AUGCCACACCUGGACGAAGACAAUGCGGAGGGCUCGGAGCCUCCGUUUGUCUUCCCGCCGGUGACCAAAGACCAUAUCCAGAAUUGCUCCUAUGACGCCUGGUUCCCGAAAUAUCGCAGCGCCUGCAUCAAGUCAAGAAUUAUUCCACUUCCCGCAGAGUUUGUCGCCUAUCUACAAGAGGACGGAAUCAUUCUGGCAGACGAUAGCGACAUCCUGGGUGAGGCGCAGGACGACGAGUGGCAAAGUGCCGGCGCCACUACUUCCAACAAUGCGCUGCAUCAAGACGCCGAGGACUCGGAUGAUGACACGGCAUCGCAACUGCCUCCCAAUGAGCGCUUCCCAGACACUCACAAGAAGAUCAGAGAUACCAUUGAAGAGCUUGGCGGGGCUGUUGCGCCUAAGCUCAACUGGUCAUCGCCAAAAGAUGCCAAGUGGAUUUCGGCGCACCAAAAUUCUCUGAAGUGCACAUCGCCAAACGACAUAUAUCUUCUUCUCAAGUCUUCAUCAUUCAUUUCCCACGAUCUCGUCCAUGCGUUUGACGGGUGCACAUCUCCCGCGCCCAGUCGGCCUUUCAGCCCGAUUCUCGUACUUCGCCCCUACUUUGCGCCUCACCAAGCCCUGGAGUUUAGGUGCUUUGUGAAGCACCGCCAGCUCAUUGCAAUUUCGCAGCGAGACUUGAACCACUACGACUUUCUUGCGGGUCUGAGACCGAACUUGUGGCGAAAGAUUACCAAAUUUUACAAAGAGACUCUGCGCCACACAUUCCCAGACGCCAGUUUCGCUUUUGAUAUUUAUGUUCCCGAAAACUCCCAAGCAGAUGAUGGGCUGGGAAAGGUCAGAAUCAUGGAUAUCAAUCCUUGGGCAGUCCGUACAGAUGCCCUGCUAUUCAGCUGGGAGGAGCUACUUCAGCAAGAAGUUGCCAGGCCACUCUAUGGUCCGCCAGCGAGCGAAGACCCAGCCGAUAUUAGCGGGGGAGAGACAACAGCAGACGAAUUUGAUGAUGAAUCGUCGCAGGAGUACAGCCCUGACUGCCUUCCUGAACUCAGAAUCGUGGAGAAGGAUGAUCCUGGCGCAUAUAACUUCAGCACACCGCAAUAUUCGGCGCACAAGCUACCUAAAGAAGUUGUCGAUGCUAGUUUGGCUGGCGAAGGAGGAUUACGGGAGUUUGCACAGCAAUGGAAGGAUAUUACGGAAGGACGUGGCGGCAGCAUGUGGGAGCAGCCGGGUGCCGGUGGCGUAUAA